AGCAGAGGCACCGCAAAAAAUCUCGAUGAUCGAAUCCAUAAAACUGCGCUGCAAGGCGGAGAUAUCUCUCCAUUACGGCGACCAUCAGGAUACGGUAAACGUGAUGGUAUCACGCUACAUCGCUCCGCGACAGGCGAUGUCGCCGUCGACGACAUUGCAUGCGCAUAAAUAUGCAACUGCACGUGCCCGCUUGGAGUAUUAACGAGUAAUUAUUGUUCAGCUGAUGGAGAGUCGUGAUAAAAAUUUGUGAGCCGAAGGUGCCCCCUGGAGGUGCCAAUUAUUCAGCUUGGUGUCUCAUGUUAAUCAUUCUCGCAGCUUUACUUGGUAAAAUCCGAAAAUACUUGGUAAAUUCGUGAAAUUAUCGCUCGUUUAAAGGACCGAGUGAUUCGCGUUAGAUUAGGUCUCGCAACGUAUUUGCAAUUAAUGCGCCGUUUUUUGCGUCCGGCAUUCGAGUUCGAGAUGCCGUACGUUACUUAAUCACAGCCGCUGGGAUACAUUAUCGAACCCGUAAUAGGUAAUUCGAUUAUGCCGACCGACUAGUGGCAAGUUAUGAUUCGUUUAGCAUCGACCUGCUGUUGCCGUCUGCUACUACUGCUAGUGUUGUUGUUGCUUACAGUGGCCGGCAGCGAUGGAAGUUGAGACCUUUCGGUGUACGUGCAGUCUACGAAACAACUGUCUCUAGGAAACACCGAAACUGAAAUACGACCGGCUGUUUUGGGAAACUCCGCAGAUUAAUGUGCGGAUGGCGUGCGAAAAAGUGCGGCGGAAUCGUGCCUUCAUCGCCCUUGUUCCAAGCCGAAAACUUUCGUCGAGCAGCGAUGAAAAGACUAGCGUAGCUCCUAAAAACACCGUCCAUCAACACGCCACGGAUCUCCGAAUAACGGUUUCAUAAUCCGUCCUUAUAUUAAGAUCAUCUUAAGAUAUAAAUAAAGCCUCCUUACUGGAGAGCUAAUAGGUAUUUUAAGAUUAUACUCAAGACUAUUUUAAUAUAAAAAUGAAUUAUAAAUACUGCCCUUUAAAACUCGGUGAAACAUUUCAUCAAUCGAUAGAAGUGUAUCUCGUAACAUCAAUUUCACCACCGAUUCAUAUUCGUUACGCAAUUUCGUGCGAUCUUAAUUUAUUCGAUUAUACAUAUUGAUUGGCGUUGAUCGAAUCUAUUAAUAGAUAAAUCUGCUUGUGCGAGUGUGAACUUCCGCGGAAUAUCGAGAGAAUGCGAAAUUCUUAAAUACUCCGUAAAAUUCGACAGGAACAUUUCAUAAUAUCAUACUUUGACGUAAUAUUCAUAUCAUAACACUCGAUAUCAAACUUGGUCAAUAUUAUCUGUUGCAUCGCAGAUUAAAAACAUGCCUGCUCUCAUUAUCGGUUAAUAUGCACGUAAAUGUUAUCAGCAAGUUCAUCAGCGCUCGCCAUUUCUCGAUAAAAAAAAAACGCUGAUCUUUCUAGCUCAACUGACGCACGAUCUAAUUACCCGUGUUAAUUGAUAUCCGACUGAUAAUACAUUGACGGCUUAUCGUCCGCAUCGAGAGUGAAUUCCAGCCGACGCACUAUAAAAGAAACGCCGAGCGAAUCGUCGUCAGAAUCUUCUACGACUCGUCUGAGCCUUCGCAGAGAUGGUUUUGCAAGCGUUCGCACUAAUUUACCCUCCGCUACUAGCGAUGCUCGCGUCCAACUCCAACUAUACGAUUUUCGCGGACGAACGAGGAGCACUGUACGUGAUCGACAUCAGCGAGCCCAAUGUUCUCACGCAAGAAGAUCAAAUCGAAAUCAUCCAAUCGAGUCUGAAAACCUCUUUCUAUCUGUACACACGGGAUAAUCCAGAAGACAAACAGCAAUUAUUUAUCGACGACUUGGAUAGUAUAAAAAACAGCUAUUUCAAUCCUAACAAUCCCACUCGCUUUGUCACUCAUGGAUGGAAAGGAAAUACAGACGCGGGAUCAGCUCCUCUUCUAAUUCGAGACGCGUAUCUCAGCGUGGGCGAUUACAACGUCAUUCUGAUCGAUUGGCGAGAAGCGGCCGGCAGUCUCUUGUACUGGAAAGUCGUGAAGAGCGUGCCACUCGUAGCGGAACACGUGGCCGAGCUGAUUGACCUUUUGGAAAGCAACAUGAACUUGAAUCCUGCCACGACUAGAGUAGUAGGACACUCCUUAGGAGCUCACGUCGCCGGUCUCGCCGCUCGCUUCGCGAAGAGUGAGAUGGCCGAAGUAAUCGCCCUGGAUCCCGCGAAACUCUUGUUCGAUUCCAAAGGACCGGGAGAAAGGGUGGACAAAUCAGACGCGAAAGCAGUCCAGGUGAUUCACACAAACGCGGGCCGCCUGGGCAUGGAGCAAGAAAUCGGCGAUUCCGAUUUUUACCCGAACGGAGGCACGGAACAGCCAGGCUGCGGUUGGAUCGAGAUCGGAUGCGCGCAUUCGAGAUCCUUCCUGUACUACGCCGAGUCCAUCAGGAAUCCGACAGGCUUCCGCGCCGGGGAAGUGUUCAUGGGUGGACCGGUCAUCGACUCAAACGCGAAAGGAAAAUACAUUCUGCAGACCAACAGCGAAGCGCCGUAUGCACUCGGAUGAUAGGCGUUAACGUUUUAUAAUUUUUGUACUUUUUUACAUUGCUGUUUAUUAGAAAUAAAUAUUUCUUAUAAAAAAACA